CGAGCGCACUGGUAAUUUCAAAUGCGCAUGCGCGGCUUUCACACGUGAAGCAAACGUUUGAGCUAGCUGCACGGCUGUGAACAUUUGUGGAGUCCGUAACGCUGCAAAAUAAACAUUUAUUUUGCUUUUUCUCGCCUCUAUACCACAAAACAGGGAAAUAGUCCUCCGUGAAGCAUUUCGCCGAGAGGGCCGGAAUACAAAACGACUUUUGUCCCCACAAUGACUGAAGCCCCAGUGAACCCAAAGGCCUAUCCGCUGGCCGACGCCACGCUGACCAAAACCAUCCUCGACUUGGUGCAGCAAGCCUCCAACUACAAACAGCUAAGGAAGGGGGCUAAUGAAGCCACGAAGACCCUGAACAGAGGCAUAGCUGAAUUUAUCGUCAUGGCUGCUGACGCCGAACCACUGGAGAUCAUUCUCCAUCUCCCAUUGCUCUGCGAGGACAAGAACGUCCCGUAUGUCUUUGUGCGCUCCAAGCAGGCCCUGGGUCGUGCUUGUGGGGUGUCCCGUCCCGUCAUCGCUACCUCGGUCACCAUAAAGGAGGGGUCGCAGCUCAAACCACAGAUCCAGACGGUUCAGAUGUCUAUCGAAAGACUACUUGUGUAAUUGUUGACGCAAACAUGAGAAAUUCCAUGAUCCACUUGUAUGCUUAUGUUUGAAGCAUGCUUGACACUUUUUUUUUUUUAAUGUAGGACUGCUUACACAUCGGUGUAUUUGUCAUGUCAUAGCCUGAUUCAUAAUAAAAACUUAAAAUGUU